UAUAGGUAAGUAGUUUUUGCCGUUUUUGAUGAUUCACUAGUUACACAGAUUUGGUUGAAAGUGCCGUAUCAACAAUUCAUAACUGAUGAUGGAUUUUUUUUAUAAAGGAUGUGUUUUGUUAGUGUUUUGUUCUGUUAGCUAUGUUCUCGCUGAUCCUGCAAUAUGUUAUCUCUGUUCUGGAAUAGAGUGUGAUGACCCUUUCAACAUUACAAAUGCUAUAACCAUGAACUGCAGUGGCUCCAGUACUCUCAAAUCAUCGCUAAGAAAUAUUGACGAAUGGACAGAUGAAGACAAACUCCUUCGAAAUUUCAAUACGUAUCGCGCUACUAGCUCAGAAUAUGUCUGUGUAACAUUCGUUUAUAAAAAUGAUUUUGCCAACCAGAAUAUGACAGUCAGAAAAUGUAUUGCGAAAUCUAUCGAUAAUCUCAAUGCAUGUGACGCCAUCACGAAAUCAGUCAGCGCUACCAUUGGAAAAGUUCAAAGUUGUCAAACGUGUGACACGGAUCUCUGCAACUCCGGACGGAACGUGAUGCAAUCAUUUCUAUCCUUAUUGAUAGUAUGUUCUCUCAAAAUAUUAAUUAUUUGAUGGGUACAUAGUAUUAUAACACAUUGAUAGUGGUCUUGAAAAUUUUCUACAAAUAUCUAACUUUAGAGCUAUCAGCUGUAUGAGAUAAAUUAAGGUUCCGAUCAAGAAGAAUAAUUCUGUUUCAAGUAGUACAAAAAUCGAACUUGUAUCAGUUCAUUUCAGAAUUACAAAUAUUUACUAAAAGAUCAAUCAGAAAAUAUAAAAUGAUGAUUCAAAUUACUCAACUUACUCAACUUACUCAACUCAAUAACAAUAAUAAAAUCCUUUUUAUUAUA